UUGCCAAAUUACUUUCCGAUGAUGGCGGAGAAGUCGCAUGAAUCUGACAACCCCCAAGGAGGCCAGGAAAAGAGCAGGAGAGAGAUCCUGAGGUCCACCAAGAGGGCAUGGGCUCCCCUGGAUGAGCAGCUGCCUCCUGGCUCUGAGGAGGAAAGCCAGAGGUUCACCACCCCCAUGCUAGAAGAUUUCAAACAAGAAAGUAUUCAGCAGUGGCUGGACUCUGGAUUCUUUGUCUCCGUAAAUGAAAACCUUCAGCAAGUUGUCGACCACACUGUUUCUUUGCAUGAACAAGGAAUAGUUCAAAUGACUGUGAAAGACUACAUGAGAUCUCUGCAUCAGUUUUCAGAAACUCCCACCCUAUCCAGAGGGACCAGUUUCAACUCUUGCCAUUCUGCAGCAAGUAUACCACAAAGCAUUCCCGAAUGGCUGGAAUUUUGGGAAAAAGAUCCAGUGGAGAUUCUCUUGGAUUUGGGGUUUGGUGCUGACGAGCCAGACAUCUGCACACAAAUCCCAGCCAGAUUCCUGGGUUGUGGCUCAGCAGCCAGAGGAAUCGAUAUCCGUGUUUUCCUUGAAGCUCAAAAGCAGCGAAUGGACAUUGAGAACCCUGACUUGUACAGCCGUUUCCGACAGUUGGAAAUCCUGGACCAUGUGGCCAAUGCCUUUUCAUCUUUACUGAAUGAUGUUAACAUUCUGCAAAACAAAGCUGAAGAGAAAGAUGGAGGAAAAAGUGUGCAAAGAACCUCAGUGAGUGGAGCCAAAGAUCAUCAAAGAAGAAUGGGUGAACUUUUCAGGAGAGCUUCAAAGCAGAACAUUAGGAGGGAUUGUAGCCCAGAAGCGUCAGAGUCAUUGAAAAUGAGGGACAAAUUUUCCCUUCCCUCUGCAAAACCAGGGCAGUGUGGAGCAGAGUUACCAGCUACGACAAACAACCAUGACCAAAGUCAUCUGUCUCCUUCAGCAGAGCAUCGGUCUCUCCAAACCUGUGUUGACUUGAUACCGCAUCAUCCUCCCCAAGCUUUUCUGAGCAAACCUCACUCAUCCAUGCUAGCCAAGCAGGAUCCUCCUUCCUGUGCAUCUGAGGGGUCAGUCAAGGACAGAAGUCCAAAGGAGAACUUGAUUCAGACUAACAAGCUCAAGAGCUUCUCUCGUCUUGCAGGCAAAGCACUAGACUCCUUUGAAAUGGAAGAGGUCCAGAGCUUUGAAGAAGAGACUGGUAAUCCUCUUGACAUGACUUCAGGAACUGUAGGUGCCACCAUGAACAGAGCAAACAGCUGCCACUCUGACAGCAGCGGGUUCCUGGAGGAACCGCUAGAACCACCGCCCCUGCAGAUGCCUUCCUUGCCAGGCAGCCAGAAUCCUGCUGAGAACAGACAUAGAAAGCCAAGGGAUCAGAGCCAGGACUUAGUGUCAUACCUGGACUGCCAGCAAGAAUCAGAUGAGUCUGAUUCCAAGAGCAUGUUGAGCAUAUCUUUUUCAAGUCAAGACUGGAGUGCCUUGGAAGAAAAGGCCUCAACGUCUGUGGUGGAGAAAGAGUCUCAGUUUGAAGCCAUGGAGGGGCCACCAGAGCUGUCGAGCCCAGAUACAGCCCUUGACAAGACCACCCCUGGGGGAGCACACUCAAGGAAAGACAGCUAUCUGAGGCAGCACCUGCCCAUGCCCCAAACUGACUAUGAGGCCGUUGUAGGCACAGUGACCUCCAAACAUGAUUGUACUUUGGGGUUUAUGGUGACUCACAUCACGGAAGCAAAGGAUGGGUCUCUGAGGCCUAAGGGAGCUGGGGAAGUGUAUGUGCAAAGCCACCGCUGUGAGUCUCAAAGAUCACCUGCAAUUGAUCAUGCUCAAGACAAGUUCCCUCACAUUGACUCUGAGGCCCUGAGAGGAAUAGAAAGCAGUCAACUCUGUCCUGACAGCAACACCACCUUACUGAGACGAGAAAGUCCACCACAGCAUGUCCCCAAGCCCAGUGAAGUCACGCCCUACACAGUUGACCUUAUCCAAACAUCUGAGAAGUCCAUUCCCCACCUAGAUAAACUGUCUAGAGACACACACCAAAUGAAGCCAAGGUGUAGUGCUUUGGGUCAGAUACCACCGAGGGCAGACUCUGAGAUGGGAAACCUUCCUCCAAAUGCUGACUCAAACUCUGUUAGCUCCAAGUCUGUGACAAUCCAGGUGUCCUCCAAUCUGGCGUCAGCUGCUCAGAAUGCUGUGGCCUUGGGGACUGAUUCUAGAGGAACAACUUUAGAAUGCACUAUGUGUGACCCUGUUACCACAGGACGGAGGACAGAACCAAGACAGUUCAAUGAUGUUUCUGUUCAGACUUACAUAUGUGAGCCCAGGUCCUGGCAUUGCUGUUCAGCUAUAAGUAAUAAGGCCCAGCCCCUCACCAAAUCUGUCUCUCUUGACACAGGCUACCCUAGUAUCUACCCACUGGGUAUCUGCCACGCCGCACCUGUGCACUGCUGCUGUCAUCACCAUCCCUACUGCCACUCAGAGAUGCAAAGCCCUGGCCCUGGUCCCUCAACCUGCAGGCAUUGCCCGUGCUGUCAUCAUCUGGAAGCCCAGUUCAUGAAGAUUUUGAAAGUCCUUCAGGACACUACAGUGAGAGAGCUGUGUUCUUUCACAGUCCACGAGAUGGAAGCAAUGAAGAUGGUAUGCCAGAGUUUCCGGGAGCAUUUAGAGGAAACUGAACAGUACCUUACAGGACAGCAGGCACUCUUUUCCUGGGACAUGUCAGAAGAGGACAGGGAGGAGGCCAAGCAACUGCAAACUUUACGUGAGGCCCUGCGGCAGCAGGUGGAGGAGCUGGAGUUUCAACUGGGAGACCGGGCCCAGCAAAUCAGAGAAGGGGUUCUAUUGCAACUUGAGCUUCUCACAGGGGAACCACGUGAACACUUUACAAAUCUGCAUCCAUAUAACUGGGCAGAAGAAAAGAAUGGCCAGACUUCGUGUGCUAACGUCCACCACGGCAUGGCCCCUGGGGCCGCCUUUCCUCCCGAUGAUGGCCAGCAGGCUCCCUGCUCGGGUGUGACCCAUUUGGCUGCCUUUUCUCCGCCCACCUUGGGGAGCAGCACCAGGAUGUCUCCUCCAGCUCGGGCAGAGUUAGGUCCAGCCCCUUUCUCAAAUUGUCCUGUUGAAGAAGAAGACAUGAAUGUCUUCCUCUAG